AUGCACGUGGGACUCAAGCUACAGGAACAGGAGAGUUCCGGGCGGCCUGGAAUCUCCUUCGAGUAUUUCCCGCCCAAGACAGCUCAGGGUGUUCAAAACUUGUACGAUCGCAUGGACCGCAUGCACGACCUCGGACCGGCUUUUAUCGAUGUUACCUGGGGUGCUGGCGGCAGUCGGUCUCAAUUAACCUGUGAGAUGGUCCGCAUCGCACAGACCGUUUUUGGGUUGGAGACGGUCAUGCAUUUGACUUGCACCGACAUGCCCCGCGAGAGCGUUGAUGAGGCUCUGGAGGCUGCAUACAAUGCCGGAUGUACGAACAUACUAGCUCUUCGUGGUGAUCCUCCGCGUGAACAGGAAAAAUGGGAGGCUGCAGAGGGUGGAUUCCGGUACGCGAAGGACUUAGUCAAGUAUAUUCGCGAGAAGUACGGGAACCACUUUGAUAUUGGUGUUGGGGGAUAUCCAGAAGGAGCCGAUGACAACCCAGACGUGGAUCAACUGAUCGAUCAUCUGAAAGAAAAAGUCGACGCAGGAAGCUCGUUCAUCGUGACACAAAUGUUCUAUGACGCGGAUAAUUUCUUAGAAUGGGUACGGAAAUGCCGUGCUAAGGGUGUCAACGUUCCUAUUAUUCCCGGGAUCAUGCCCAUUUCGACGUACGAUGCCUUUAUCCGUCGUUCGAAGUGGACCAAAAUUCAUAUCCCGCCUGACUGGCUGGAGACUCUAGAACCGGUGAAAAAUGAUGAUGCUAGGGUUCGUGAAAGAGGCACCAAACUAGUCUCAGAAUUGUGCCGGAGGUUGCUAAGCUCUGGCCACAUCCACCACCUUCACUUUUACACUAUGAACCUCGCGCAAGCAUCUCGCAUGAUUCUCGAUGAACUGAAGCUUGUUCCAUCCUUGGAAAGCCCCUUGCAAAAGCCUCUUCCCUGGCGUAAAUCUCUCGGCCUUCACCGCCGGUCUGAAGAUGUGCGCCCGAUCUUCUGGAGGAACAGACAUCAGUCAUACAUUGCGCGUACUGCCGACUGGGAUGAGUACCCAAACGGACGUUGGACCGAUGCCAGAUCACCCGCUUUUGGUGAGUUGAACGCUUACGGCGUCAGACUCAAGGGCACCAAUGACCAGAAUAUCAAGCUUUGGGGCCGGCCCAAAUCGAUUAAAGACCUGUCUGAGAUUUUCAUUCGCUACUUGGAUGGCAAACUAGACAGACUACCUUGGAGUGACGCCCCUAUCACUGCCGAGGCAGAUUCCAUCAAGCAAAAUCUUAUUGAACUCAACCAACGCGGUUUCCUGACCGUGAACUCCCAGCCUGCUGUGAACGGAGUCAAGUCUUCGCAUCCCGUGCACGGCUGGGGCCCUCGCAACGGUUACGUGUACCAGAAAGCAUAUUUGGAAUUACUAGUUCCCCCAGUUCUCGUGGACAACCUCUUAGCCCGGAUUGAGAAGAAUAACGAUCUCACAUAUUACUGCGUUAACAAGUCCGGAGAGCUACGGACACGAACUGACGAAGGACCGAACGCAGUUACAUGGGGAAUCUUCGCAUCCAAAGAAAUCAUCCAACCUACUAUUGUCGAGAGUGUGAGUUUCAUGGCUUGGAAGGACGAAGCAUACCAACUUGGAGAGGAUUGGGCAAAGUGCCACCCCGCGGACAGCCCCAGCCGUAAACUCAUUCAACAGAUCAUGGAUGAAUGGUAUUUGAUCAACAUUGUCAACAACGACUUCCACAAAACGCACGACCUAUUCCAGCUAUUCGAUGGGCUUGCUAUUAAAGACCUCGAUGUGGAAGUCCCAGGCAUAAAUCCUGAGGCAGGCAGAACAACUCAACCUAUUCCACCUGCAACUACUACCGCGCAAUCAUAG